AUGAAUAAUCAAACAGAUAAAAUAGUAAAUCUACCACAUUUAAUAUUAAAUAAAAUAAUUACCUAUUUAAAAGAUAACAUUGAUAUCAUUUGCUUCAGUUUAGUUUGUAAGAGAUGGUACAAUGAUAGAGAAAAAUAUUUAGUAUUCAAAACCGAUCAUAUCACCCUAUUUGCACUUCAUAACACUGAUAUUAAACAAUGUGAUAAACAUUUCAACUUGCCAUCAUAUCAUAAUGUAUUUAUGAAAUCAAUUCAAUCAAAGAAUGAUUGUAUACUCGUUUUAAAUAAAAAAUUGUACCAAUACCGAAAUUACGAUUAUUUCUAUGACGAUGACUUGGAGUAUAUCUAUAGAUUAAUAUCGGAAUCACAAUCAGUAACAGUUUUGGGCGACUGCCAUACAUUGAAAUAUGGAUUACCAAAGUCAAUCAAAUCACUCAAGUUUGAUUAUGAUUUCGAUGAACCACUCGUUAAAGGAUCACUUCCCGGUUCAUUAGAGGUGUUAGAUUUAAUUGAACUAAUCGAUCAAGAGAUUCCACCAGGUGUUCUUCCAGAGAGUUUGCGCGAACUCUCUAUUGAACACUAUGCGUUUGAAAUUCAAGCUGGUGUACUUCCAAGUGGUUUGCGCAAACUUACUCUUUCCAACUCCCAAUGUGAUAUUCGACCAGGUAUACUUCCAAGUGGUUUGCAGAAUCUAUAUCUAGGAUGUCAUUAUGAAAUUCAACCCGGUGUACUUCCAGGUGGUUUGCGGAAAUUUUCUCUAUUCGACUAUCAACAUGAAAUUCAAGCAGGUGUCCUACCAUCAUCUCUAGAGAGUUUAUCUCUGAUCAGUUACCAAUUUCAACUCAAAGAAGAUUUACAAUAUUCCGAAUUAACUUGGGAAGAAAAUACUUGGGUGGAAUCGAAAUCCUAUUUUCCUAUUACAUGGUUACGAGCAAUAUCAUCACUUGCCAAUCUUCAAUCACUUUUCAUUAAUUUUCCCAAACACAAUCUACAGGAUAUCACUAUUUUCAAUGUCAACUACCUCCCACCAACCCUUGAAUCACUGGAUCUUCGACUAUAUGGAAAAGAGAGCAUAUUGAAAGGAACAAUGCCAACAUCAUUGAAAAACAUCUAUCUUGCUGGUUGUCAUUUUAAGUUCGAUGAGCUAUUCCCAGAAUCAUUGCAAUAUCACUUGGAAAUUUUCGAUUAUGAAAAAGACAGAAUUCUUCAAAUUCCGUCAAACAUAAAGAUAGAUAGUUUAUCUGUAACUGUUGGAUCACAAGAAUCUUCGAUAUCUCUUCCAUCUGGAAUUCGAUCAAUCAACUUAUAUAUGGAAUCAUCAGAUUUAAACGAGAAAGGAAUUGAUUUUGGUGUCGACGAUUCUGAUACCAAUCGACCAAGUUCAUUAAGAGAACUGCGUCUUCCAAAAUUCAUAGAGGCAACUCCUAAAUUUAAACUACCAAACACCAUCGAAUAUCUGGAUAUCGGUAAAAAUAAUCUCAAAAAUGUUUUACAUUUGAUACCAUCUACACUCAAUACACUUGUCUUUAGGAAACUAUCUAGAAUCAAUAUCAAUAUUAUAAAUUCUAUCAAACCAAUCACCAAUAUCAUUUAUAUAUUGAAUUCACAUCAAACACAAACCAUUAGAAAGUUGGAUGACAAUUACUAUUUAAUCUAUUCUGAAAAUGGAAGCGCGCCAAAAGCAAAAUUAAUUGCAAAAAUAUUUCAUCAAUCCAAACUUGAACAAAUCUUAAGAGAAAGUACAAAAGAAACAUUAAGAAUCAAUUUAUUUGAUUUGGAGAUCCAAAAACUUGGACAAAAGUUAAAAAAAUUGAAUUGGCAACAGUAUUUCGAGAAUAUGAUACCAUUUCCUAGGUUCCCAACUGUCUCCUACAAAACUAUUCCCCUACUAACUAAUCCUGAGAAUCUUAAUCAUGGUCCUCAAUUAAUAGUUCAUUGUAUUGGACAUCUUAAAGGAUUCAAAAUAGAUCUAGAUCGUAUUUUAGCAAUUCAGCGGCUGAGAUGGCCAUCAUUUGGACUCGCGGCUAUCAUUCUACCAACCAAGAACGAUACUACAGAUAUAAUGAAUGCUGCAACUAAUAAUUUAACAUUGGAAAAACUUGAUACGGAACUAGGUUUCAGUUCGACAGUUGGUUGGCUAUUCUUUACUCUGUUUUCUAAUACCUCUAUUUUCUAA